AUGGCUUCUUUACGGCGCCUUAACCAGCGAUCCAGCGAGGACUCGCCGAUAUCCAUGACCUCGUCACCCCAUGAGGCCCUUGAUCUCACCAACCAACUUUCUGCCCUGCUCGACAAACAGCAUAAUGACGCCGUGAUGCAAAAUUUACAACUGGAUCACGGAUCCCCUCCACUCACGAUACUUGCACGCGUCCUGACGCCGCAAUCGGUGACAAGCACGUCGUCGUCGUUCGCGGUAUUUCAACAAUCACAGCAAUCAUCACAGAGUGUGGAGUUUCGUGUGAUUGGAUUCGGCCAAUGUGGGCUAGUCUUUGAAAGACCAGGGCGUGGCUUCGUAUUGAAGGUCGCGAAGAGAUCAUAUCAAGACGCUCUGUGGAACGAUUUCCUGGCGCACCUACGGGUGCAAGAAGCUUUUGAUAGAAUCGAAAACAAGAACUCUGAAGUUAGGGUGCCACGAAUUCUCUCAUACAUUUCUCAAGAGAACACUCUGUGGUGGAAGGAAAACUCCAGCCUCUUCCAGAACGUACACGAAUCUAUCACGUUACCCGCCAUGGCUUUAGUUUCGGAGAGGAUUCUCCCAAUCCCAAAGAUUGCUCGGGAGGUGCUGAUACAACACUACUGCGCUGCUCCAUCCCGGGCUGCAGUUGCCAACAAUCCCACAAAUCGCGACUGCUUGGUCCGCCUAUAUCUGGGCCAACGACGCACUACCAAAGUUCCGCCACCCAACUUCACCUUGAGAAAUUACAACAUCUAUUUAGACCAGAUGAUUGAGCUCAACUUCCCUAUCAACAGAAUAGCAACUUCCAUCGGGGAGGCGCUGGCAGUCCUUCAUUGGUCCGCAUAUGUGGAUGCGUAUGAUGUUGAAUUCGUCCUGGGUAGCGAAGCAGACGCCAGGUACUCCCCUGAAGUCCUGGCUGCCCUACAUAUGACAUCUGAUCAAGUAGCGGCGUUACCACCCCACACUGAUAUCGAGUCCAUUGUCAAAGUCAAGUUUAGUCGUCGAACAACACGAAUUUGGCUCCUUGAUUUCAACCUCUGUCAUAUAUGGCAAGAGGACACCGCAAUCAAGUAUCCAGAGGCGCUUAUCAAUCAACUAGUGGAAGCAUUCUUUGAGAAUGAUCCAUACUAUCCCUUGCCCCUUAUGGACACGAAUCCUGAAAAAGAGCUGUGGGAACUGUUCACAAGGGUGUAUCUUGACAAGGCUGAGCAGAUACUCCGUGAGAAGGACGGACGACUUUCAAAUCUGCCGAAGCUUUUUAUCGAUUGCUGCAUCAAUCGAGAGAGGUUAAACUUGCAGAAAGGCAUGCCGCAUGGACACAGAAACAGCCGACAAUGA